GAAUUCACCAUAGCACGGUAAGGGAGACCUACGUACACAGGUGUUUGCUGGUGUAGUGAAGUCCCAUAAUGUGUGACGAUGAAACCUGCGCCCUCGUGGUCGACAACGGCUCCGGCAUGGUCAAGGCCGGAUUCGCCGGAGACGACGCCCCAAGAUGCGUUUUCCCCUCCAUCGUCGGCCGCCCCCGUCACCAGGGUGUGAUGGUCGGCAUGGGUCAGAAGGACGCCUACGUCGGCGAUGAGGCCCAGAGCAAGAGAGGUAUCCUCACUCUCAAGUACCCCAUCGAGCACGGUAUCAUCACCAACUGGGACGACAUGGAGAAGAUCUGGCAUCACUCCUUCUACAACGAACUCCGUGUUGCUCCUGAGGAAUCUCCUGUCCUCCUCACUGAGGCUCCCCUCAACCCCAAGGCCAACCGUGAGAAGAUGACCCAGAUUAUGUUCGAGACUUUCAACACACCUGCCAUGUACGUGGCCAUCCAAGCCGUGCUGUCCCUCUACGCCUCUGGUCGUACCACUGGUAUUGUGCUCGAUACUGGUGAUGGUGUGACCCACACUGUCCCCAUCUACGAAGGUUAUGCUCUUCCUCAUGCUAUCCUUCGUCUCGACUUGGCUGGUCGUGACCUCACUGCCUAUCUGAUGAAGAUCCUAACAGAAAGGGGUUAUUCUUUCACCACAACGGCGGAAAGAGAAAUUGUUAGAGAUGUAAAGGAAAAAUUAUGUUACGUUGCUCUUGAUUUCGAAGGUGAAAUGGCGACAGCUGCAGCUUCCUCUUCUUUAGAGAAAUCCUACGAACUUCCCGACGGUCAAGUCAUCACCAUCGGUAACGAGAGAUUCCGUGCUCCUGAGGCUCUGUUCCAGCCCUCGCUUCUGGGCAUGGAGUCCGUCGGCAUUCAUGAAACUGUAUAUAAUUCCAUCAUGAGAUGCGAUAUUGAUAUCAGGAAGGAUCUGUUUGCCAACAACGUCAUGUCUGGAGGUACCACUAUGUACCCUGGUAUCGCUGACCGCAUGCAGAAGGAAAUCACUGCCCUUGCCCCUUCCACCAUCAAAAUCAAGAUCAUUGCUCCUCCUGAGCGUAAAUACUCUGUGUGGAUCGGCGGUUCUAUCCUGUCUUCCUUAUCCACCUUCCAGGCAAUGUGGAUUACCAAGGAAGAAUUCGAUGAAUCUGGUCCAGGUAUCGUCCACCGCAAGUGUUUCUAAAGUUCUUCGAAGUGUGUGUUGUACUGGUAAUAACUUGAAUGAGUUGUCCCACCAUGUAGAGUCAGCCAAAAAAUAGUGCUGAAGGUAACCGUUAUACGUACAAGUGAAGAGUAUAAAAUAGAAAAUUAUUUGUGUUUGCAAAUUGUUUGUUUGCAAAUGUGAAAAGUUCAUUGUUUUUCGACAGCAGUAUAUGAGCAAAGUGUCCACACAGUUUUCGCAGACGCAUGACAAUUCUUUUGCAGUAAAGAAUGUAAUACAUGUGUAAACGGAUGCGUGCUACUCUACUGUUAGGGCGACAGUUACCAGUUAUUUAUUACUGUAUCUCUUAAAUCAUAAUUGUUUGUCCUGAAAGUAAAUAAAAAAAAGAAUUGUUGAUAAAAUGUGAGAGAAGUUUUGUUUUUUGUUUUUUACCUAGACAUUUAUUCGUGUAAAUUAACAGUAAACAGAAAACAAAUUUCCACAAAUCUGUAAAAAAAAAUAUAAGGAUAAAGCAGUUUUUGCUAAUAUUCUUUGGUAAUUACAGCAGAAAAGUUGACAUAGUUAAAUUGAAAUGGAAAACGCAUUAAACAAUUAUAUAUUCACUGAAAAGGGAGUUGCAUAUACGUGCUUUUGAUAUGACUCUCUUUACCUUACUUUACAUUUGAUAUAAAAUGAUCCAAAAGUAUAUUUCUUAUUGUCAGCUUUAGAUUUUUCAGUGUUUUCACUGAACGUAAAAACAUAAAUUCUCAAGGUCAAUUUCCUUAUCUGUCCACCAUCUAAUUACUACAUAAUAUAAAUUACAUGAUAUAUGAAAAUUUCAACAUGCAAGAACUCUGAAAAGAAUUUGCUUUUAUUCUUACUUAUUCGCUUUCUUACUUAUGUUAUUUCUGUAUCAAAUAUCCAAUAUCAUGGACUACUU